AUGCAGGGGAAAUUGAGGGAUGAAUGGCUUGCGAAGAUAGAUAGCGCCAUUUUUUGCGCUUGGGCAUUCUGGACGCCGAGGACUUCUUGGAGAAUCGAGUCUCUCAUUGAUACAAUUGAGCGAUCUUUCUACCGAAAGAUCCCAUUGAACUCCCAAGAGCCCGAGAGAGAAAAGACCGACCUCCACCCACCAGAAAAAGACUUAGGAAUUGAAACACACAUUUCAGAUCAUUCAUAUCAACCGCAUCCCAUAACCCCGGGGAGACCGGAGAGUACAGACCAGGUCCCGCCACUCAUUCCUCGAGAACAGCAGCACCACUACCACAAUCACCGCGAAAUGUUCGGCCACCCAAUCGGUGGGUUAACGUUUAUCCUCCACUGGGGCUGCGCAGUCCUCACAGUGGCAGCUACAGUCCUGUUUGGAAUCUGGGCUCCCCUAAGCUACCAGGAGACAAAAGAGGCGAACAUAGGCAACGAUGAAAUGCAGCGUGCCCUAAUUCUCUCUGCAGAAUCGGCAAAUGAGAUAGCGACAAGCGCACUCCUUGCUGCAUCACGACAACUACAAUUUGCAACUGCGCAGGCCAGUGCCAUCAGUAAUUUGCAGGAGCAGUUGGCGGCCAUGGGAGAGGUGGCGCUCUUACAAUUUUGUAAUGCGCAAACAAGUGGGGCCCUGGCGAUAACGACAGCGGUUCACCGAGCGGAUCUGGGCUGUCUAUUGGCUCCAUUCUUGGGAUCGUUUUCGGAGGUACAGCUGCUCUAG